AUGGAAGUUCUAAAUCUUGGGAACAACGAUCUAUUUGGUGCAUUCCCUCACUGGUUGGAGUCUCUUCCAAAGUUGCAAGUUUUUGUCUUGAAAUCAAACAGAUUUCAUGGUCUUAUAGGCACUUCUGGAACUGAAGCUCCUUUCCCUAAGCUUCAAAUUUUCGACAUUUCUCAAAAUAACUUCACUGGGCUUCUACCGGAACGAUGUUUCCUGAAUUUCAAAGCCAUGAUGAAUGUGGAUAAAUCGGAAAUGUCGUUGGGAUACAUGGCAGAUAAAAAUGGAGUCCGUUAUCGAUAUUCUGUAGAGCUGGUCCUAAAGGGAGUAUCAACUGAACUUACAUAUAUCCUCACCGUCUUCACAACAAUCGACUUCUUGUACAACAAUUUCAAUGGUGAGAUUCCAAAUGACAUUGGAAAGCUACAAGGACUUCGGCUGCUGAAUCUAUCUCAUAAUAGUCUUUCCGGUCAUCUUCCAUCACUGCUAGGAAAUAUUACAAUGCUGGAAUCGUUAGACCUCUCAUCAAACCAGCUCACCGGGGAGAUUCCAAGGAACUCACAAUUUAAUACAUUUGAGAAUAACUCUUAUGUUGGGAAUUCGGGAUUGUGUGGAUUACCAUUGUCAAAGAAAUGUGAAGAUAUUGAGGCACGACCACAGCCACCACAACCGAUAUCCCAAGAUGAUGAAGAUGAUUUUGCUAGUGGAUUUACUUGGAGGAUAGUUAUGAUGGGGUAUGGAUGCGGAUUUGUAAUAGCAGCGACUAUGGGAUUUGUCAUGUUCUUGAUUGGAAGACCGCAAUGGUAUACGAGAAUAGUUAGAGGAGAACAACGCAGGAAGAUGGACUAUUCGAUGAAGGGGUUUCGGGGAGAUCAGCAAGUUCUCUAUGACUCGAGAGGGAGAUUUUUCUCUGAGGGUGGUACGACUGAGGGACGCGUAGAAGCCUUUAAAUGGCUACCCAUCCAGAGGAGGAAAUAA